AAGAACUUCAGGCAGGCAAACAAAAAGUCAUUUGAAGUCAUGCUGAUGGACACUGCUGAUGAUACAAAGAAAAAACGUCUUGUUGAGGAUAAUUACGUAUCAGAGUGCUCUGCCAGCCAUGGCUUGGACUCAGCUACGUGGCCGCGGAUGGAUAAUGCACAGCAUGGGACGUAGCUAUUGGCGGAUGUUAUGGGAAAUUCAUUCGUGGGAUUGGCUCACAGGUCAAUCUGAAGGAGUUAGGAUUCAGAUACAGGAAAUGGGAGUUGAAGGAUGUUGAUCUAAUGAGUUUGAUGCUUGCAGACAUGGUAGAGCAGUGAGCUAGAGACGCAGAGGAGAGGGCAAUGGACUGGGAACUGCAAGCGAGAGAGGAGGAGGAGAGGCUGAAGGACUGAGAGCUCAGGUGGCAGCUGAUAGAUGGUAUGGCCAAGAUACAGACAAAUAAUGGGAAGAUUAUGGCAGAUUUAGUUGCAGCACUAGCGUCAUACGGGAUUCUCCCCCAGGUAGGAGGACCUUCAUUUCGUCCUCCUUAUGGUGGCGGGGAGCCUGACCUCCAGUUGGCUCAGUUGGGCCAGCACUUCGACCCCACGCAGACCUCCCCGUUAUAGCCACACUUGGACGAUGAUGUAUACCAACCUGUCUUUGACUCGUAGCUAUUAUGCCUUGAUUCUUGUGUUUUUUGGGAGUUUACUGGAUUUCAUACAUAUUUUCCUUGGUUGGUUCUUGGUAGGAUUUUCCGUACAUUUGCAUGUUUGUUUUUAUUUUAGAUUUGAGGUGAAUUACAUAUUUUGCCUUAAAAUAACUUUUUUUUUUUAUU